CACUUCCACAUGCUGAAAUUGUGUUUCUUCCUCUGUUUGAUAUACUGGGUGAGACCAGAUGAGGCAAAAAUAUGUCCUGAAUUUACAGACCUUAACCUAGGUGAUGCCUUGACUGGAACAGAACUCUAUGUUCAGCUACUCCUGUACACAAGGGAAAAUCCAGAUUGUGCUGAGAGACUCAUUGAACUCAAUGUUACUGCAUCUAAGUACCUGAAUACAACCAAGAAAAUUGUCUUUGUUAUUCACGGCUUCAGGCCAACAGGAUCUCCUCCAGCAUGGCUGGGUGACAUGAAGAAGCUUUUACUGUCUUCAGAGGAUAUUAAUCUCAUUAUAGUUGAUUGGAAUCGUGGUGCUACCACUGUGAAUUACGUAACUGCUGUGAAAAACUGCAGAAAAGUUGCAGAAAUACUGAAGAAUUAUGUUGACCAGAUGCUGGUGGGUGGAGCUUCUCUUGACUCUCUCUAUAUGAUUGGAGUUAGUCUUGGUGCUCAUAUAGCUGGUUUUGUUGGCCAGAAGUACAAUGGCAAACUUGGCAGAAUUACAGGUCUGGAUCCAGCAGGCCCUUCAUUCAAUGAAGAACCACCAGAGUACAGACUGGAUCCUACUGAUGCACAGUUUGUGGAUGUAAUCCAUUCAGAUAUUGAUGUACUAGGUUUCAAGAAGCCUUUAGGAACCAUUGAUUUCUAUCCAAAUGGAGGAAUGUACCAGCCUGGUUGUCCAAAAACAUUUUUCAGUGGAUUAUAUUAUUUUAAAUGUGACCAUCAGAGAUCUGUCUUCCUCUUCUUAUCAUCUUUGAAAAGAAAGUGUGACAUAAUAACAUAUCCUUGUCACUCUUACUUGGAUUACAAGAGAGGAAAAUGUCUUAAUUGUAAUGCUUUCCAGCCUAUGUCCUGCCCAGUAGUGGGUUAUCAUGCUGAUAGAUGGAAAAAGCUGUUGAUACCAUAUAGUUCACCAAUAAAAGCUUACUUUGAUACCUCAGACCGAGACCCAUUCUGCAUGUAUAACUACUUAUUGGACAUUACUACCUGGAAUAAAAGCAUUAGGAGAGGUUUCAUUAAAGUUAAAAUAAUGGAUAAUGAUGGAAACGCAGUAGAGUCACAGAUGAACAGCAAAGCUUCAACAUUUCAGCAAUAUAAAAGCGUCAAAAUACUGACUGGAUUUCCCCGAGACAUUGAAAAAAUUGCAAAAAUGUCCUUGACUUUUUCUACUAAGGCUUUAAUAGGCCCAACAAAAAAGCUUAAGAUUCUUCACAUGAAGCUGACAUCUGUCAAUAAUCCAAAAAGGCCUCAGCUGUGCAGAUACGAUUUGGUACUGAUGGAGAAGAUUGAAGUGAUCUUCAGACCUAUCCCUUGCUUUGGGAUGGGUACAUGA